CAAGAACAGCCUCACAAUCCACUAUCAAAACCUAUUACAACGCUCAAAAAUUUGAAGGAACAAACUACCAACAACAUAGCAUGCGAAUCCCAAUUCACCUCACUAUCACAACUGCUUCUGUCUGAAUCACACAAUCACUCAAUGCCAUGAAAGUUAGCUUACAAAUCUGCAAUUUUUUUUCCUUGAUUUCCUGUCUUUACAGAGAUUUGUAAAAGUUUGAAAUUAGUAUCGAACCCACACUAGUUACCAUUAGUCAAACACUAGUUACCAUUAGUCAAAAUAAUAAACUACCCAAAUAAACCGCAUUGUGGUUGAACGUAUAUAGACACGUCAAUACGUCUUCUUAAGUUGAAAGCAUAUAUGUUUGGUUUUUGCUUUCCUGCCGUAUAUAUCCUUGAAAACGUUUUCACUCCUCCUAAAAGCAAUAGACGUUUAGACGCGUCUUAUUUGAUUUCAGCGUCGUCACUUCAUUGCCUUUUCCGCCCACCAUUGACGACUAAAUCUCUCCCAAUUCGAUUCAUCUGAAACUAACUUCCAUUUUAGGGCUCAUCCAGUUGACUAAAAUCUAAUUUAAAACUACCCCAAUCGAUCUGCAAUUCUUGAACCUUCAAUUUUGUAGAUCCAAUUGAAGUUCCGUGUUCGAGCUCAAGCUCAAGCUAAACACCACAAAACCCAGGUUAAUCGAGAUAAUUUAAGCUCCCUUGAUGGCAUCAACUACUUCGUCUUCAGCAUCUCAUGGUGGAGCUUGAGGGUUUUGUUGUUGUCUCUGGCGUCAACGCGUUUUCUUAUUGAUGGCGGCGCCGAGGAAUAUCGUCGUGGAGACUGGAAAGUUGAUGAAGGAUGAAGAGACUGCCGAAGAUUCCCCUACGAGUAAGAAGCCUAUAGGUGCCAAAUUAGACGGGAGGUUUCCGCUGACUGGAUGGGAAUUUACGGUGGCCUUUAGUGUUUUCUUGGUGUUUUCCACUGGGUUGUUCUGCAUUUAUCUCACAAUGCCAGCUGCUGAGUAUGGCAAACUUAAGCUGCCUCGCUCCAUAUCGGAUCUGAGAAUGCUCAAAGAUGAGCUCGGAACAUAUGCGAACAUUUACCCAACAAAGUUCAUUCUGGGCUACUGCUCGACUUACAUAUUCAUGCAAACAUUUAUGAUUCCUGGAACCAUUUUCAUGUCGUUACUUGCUGGAGCCCUUUUUGGUGUAAAAGGCAUCUUCUUGGUUGUCUUUAAUGCCACUGCUGGUGCUUCAUCCUGCUAUUUUCUGUCAAAGUUAAUUGGAAGACCCAUAGUCUCCUGGCUGUGGCCAGAAAAGUUAAAAUUCUUUCAGACAGAGAUAGCAAAGCGCGGAGACAAGCUGCUAAAUUAUAUGCUGUUUCUAAGGAUAACUCCAAGCUUACCAAACCUUUUCAUAAAUUUGGCAUCUCCGAUUGUGGAUAUUCCAUUUCAUGUCUUCUUUUUGGCUACAGUUGUCGGCAUCAUCCCAGCCUCUUAUAUUACCGUCAGGGCUGGGCUUGCUCUUGGAGAUCUGAAGUCUAUUAAAGAUCUGUAUGAUUUGAAGACAUUAACUGUACUUUUCCUCAUUGGAUCCAUCUCCAUACUGCCAACACUCUUAAAGAGGAAACGGAUAUAUGAAUGAACCAAAUAUAGAUAAACACACCAUUCUACUUUCACAUUUCAUCAAGACAUUAUUGCUACACGCCCUAUUGCUAUGAUAUACGUACACCCAUACAAGAGGAUGGGCAUAGUAAGUGACAAAAUGUAUAAGGAGACUGUAAACUAAAUGUAGUAGACCCAUGGAAGGAUUCCGAAUAUGUUAACCUCUAUUAUACUUGUUAUAUGUAUGUGAAACAAUCUUAUGUCGAUUAUAUUUCUAUUGUCGCUACUUAGACCGGACGGAGCCGGGUGCGGGAAGAGCGGAGGGACCUUUCCCGCUCCGAUGAACACCGCACCAACAGUGCGAGAAGGCCUGCGCGGGGAAGGGGAUGAGGGGCUCGGUUGCUGCGUUCUCGCUCCUUUCGUGAUUGGGUAGAAAAUGUUUUUUUUUUGAGAAUAACCGUUAAAGAAGGGUAAAAUGUGAUUUUUUUUUUGUUUUUUUUUUUCAAAUUCCAACGGCUAAAUGGUUUGAAAUUUAAUUUU